AUGAAGGAUUUCAGCCUUGUCAGGGAUAGCAAGAGUACCAGGUUUCCCCAUGACUUUGUCAAAGAGCUGGAAAAGAGACUGCAGGGCAUACUCAUUGGCAGGGAAACACGGCAGGAGUACAAGGAGCCUGUCACCAAGAGGUCGUUCGCCAUAUUCCUGAAUACACUGUCGGACCCUUCAUUCAAGAAGCGCAUGGAAGCAGAUCGGAGAGUUGAAGACCUGGUCCUAAUAUUCUUCUCCAACGCUACCAAGGAGUUGCAAAAGGGGAAGCCACCCGGAGAUGAUGGCGUGAAGCGCUUGGUCGAUCGCCAUGUGGCACUGUUCGUAAGGCUACUGAGUUCGAUAUUGAAGGAGAAAGGCUGGAAUCAGGACAAGCCUGAAUUGGCGACGAGAUUGGCAACGUUGGAGAAGAAGCUACUCAAGCACGACGAGGACUUGACCUCACAGAAUGGAACUUCCAGCCUGGUUGAAGAGGUUGUGCCUUUGACGUACGAAGUCAGGGAUAUGCCUCUGGUACAGGUCGUUGGACGAGUCUUCGGAAUGCGCAAUACGGCGCUGCAAUCCGAUGUCGACAAAUACAAAUCACAGUGGACAGAGAAGGCUGCAUUACAGGACUUGAAGACGUAUCAGACGCACCUGAACACUGGGUCAAAGAGGACGCUGACGGCUGACGACUUCGACACCGCAGAUGCAUUCGAAGCAUGGAAGAAGUCUGAGGCCCCAGAUCUAUCUCAGAUGAUGCUCGCCAUUAUACAGGUAAAUCCAGAGCUCGCCAAGGUUACGGCCCAGGGCACAUUACCACAGUUCAAUGCUCAGGCUGGAGAGUCUGCUGCCGACAAAGCAUACACAGACAUGUCACGAGCACUAUCCAACGAGCAAUCGUCUUCUUAUGUUCUGGAUCUACCAGACCUCAAUGGCCUCAGUCUCAUGGAGAACGGUGAGGAUGACUCAAAACAGCCUGACCUGCUAUACACCUUUAUUCCUGCAGAUCCGCGAGCCAUGUACCGAUUCAUCAUGCUUACUGUCCUAAACUUCGACCUGAAUGAUAAGACAACUGCAGAAGACGGGACAGCUUCGUCGAAUCAGAUCUUUUCCAAGCAGUCGGCGGAGUUCUUGAACGAAGUCGCACUUCGAUGGCGGAUACCAAAGUUCAGCAGAAUAGUCAUAUUUCUCGAUGUGAUCCGCGAGAAGUAUCUUGCUCAAGAUUUGUCCCUCGACAUGCUCGACGCAGCAUUCAAUUACGUCAAAGAUCCUCCAGAAGAAGAUCCGAAAAACAAGCGAGCUUCGAUUAUUAUGAGUGCACCAGCAUACUUCGCAAGGAACAACUGGACUGUUCAAGACUUUGCACAGAUGCGAAAGCUGCUGGCGGAUGCAGAAUUGCAGCGGCUGGGCGCAAUCAUGACUGUCAUUGAUGAUCACAUACGGGAGGACCCGAGCUUCAGCGAAAGCAAAGAAGGCUUCGAGCAGUUCAAGCAGUCUGCAAGCCAAGGUCUUGAAAACAGUGCAAGAGACAUCUAUCAGCAAUUACUGGAAAAGCAGCUGCCCACAGAGCCGGAGCAGUGGGAGUUCUUCCAUGUCCAAGAGCUUGCAAAGGCCGUUCUCAAGCUGUGUGAGAAGAUCCAAAAACGCUUCAAGCGCAAUCCAGAGAUUCUGAGCAUCAAUCCGCUCAUGCUGUUAAUGGGAGUCAUUCUGCCUGCAUUCGCCGAAGACUCGAAAGCUCUGGUCGAGUCAGUAUUAAAAGCUGCUCAGGACAAGAAUCUUGAAAUUGGUAUUCAGGACGGCUUCGACCUUUACAAAGAGCUGAGCGACUUCAGGCGAGUACACGGCGACGCCUUACCUCGAGUAGCGUUCCCAUACAAGAUUGAGGAACUCUUGGCUGACUUUGUAUGGCGAUGGAUCCAUGCUACGGAGCAGCAAGUACUUGGCUGGGUCGAGAAUGCCGUAAAUCAGGACAACUUCAAAGUCCGGACGCAGGAGGCCGGACAAGUCCCAACGGAAGAUCAACGGCACAGCGUUUCAGUCAUUGACAUCUUCAGAUCGUUCAACCAGGUCAUCGAGCAGAUCGCCGCACUUAACUGGGACGACGAUCUGACCUAUGCUAAGUUCAUGACUUCUGUAUCCAAAGCUCUUGGAAACGGCAUCGUCCGCUAUUGUGAACUCGUUGACACUCAGUUCACCAAGGAGAUGGAUCGCUUAACACCUGAACAAGAGGCAGCAGCUAGCAUGACACGCCAGGAAAAGUGGAUGCAGAUGGCCAAAGACACCUGGAACAAUGCUGCUCGAGUAGAGCCCUUCAACUUCUAUCCAGAAUCGUUUGUGAAGCUCAACAACAUCUCCUUCGCCAUAUCGCAUUGGGAUAAACUGGAGCAGGAAAUCAACGUCGACGCGUGUGCGGAUGUUAUCAAGCAGUACAAUCCGCCUGCCAUUAACAAGCCGCGCAAGACCACGAACUACGUCUUCACCAUUAAGAUUGUCGAAGCCGAAGAUCUCAAGGCCUGCGAUGUCAGUGGCUUCAGUGAUCCCUAUGUUGUGCUUGCGGACGAGUAUCAGAAGCGCUUGUCCAAGACGCGCAUCAUAUAUCGCAAUCUCAAUCCUCGAUGGGACGAGUCGGUCGACAUCUCGACUCAAGGACCGCUGAACCUGAUCGCGACUAUCUGGGAUUGGGAUGCUGUUGGUGAUCAUGACUAUGUUGGUCGCACGUCACUGAAAUUGGAUCCGGCACAUUUCAGCGAUUUUCUGCCGCGAGAGUAUUGGCUUGACCUUGAUACACAGGGCCGACUUCUGGUUCGAGUCAGCAUGGAGGGCGAAAGAGACGACAUUCAGUUCUACUUCGGCAAAGCUUUCCGCACACUCCAGCGAACGCAACGAGACAUGACGCGGAAGAUCACAGACAAGCUGUCAGCAUACAUCCAAGAAUGCUUGUCGAAGCGAGCACUCCGAGCAUUACUGAGCAAGCCCAUAUCGGUACAGAGUGUCUCUGCGUACUUUCAGCGCAAUCGUCCGGCGCCAGCAUCAAAUGUCCCGUCCGAAGGCGAAAUCAUCAAUGCUCUUCGCCCUCUUUUCAACUACUUCGACGACAACUUCGCCAUCAUGAAUCAAACACUGACUUCAGACGCCAUGCUUGCCGUCAUGACACGACUAUGGAAGGAAGUCCUCGGUACUAUCGAGUCCCUCCUGGUUCCACCGCUCUCAGACAAGCCAUCCGCCCAAAAGCCUCUGUCACAACAGGAGCUCGACGUCGUCUUCAAAUGGCUACAGUCCCUGUUUGAUUUCUUCCACGCAGUCGACGAAGACAGCGGCGAAGCCAAUGGCGUGCCGAUGAACGUGCUCAAGAAUCCCAAAUACCACGAAAUCAACACGCUCAACUUCUUCUACUUCGAGACUACCGAAAACCUCGUCCGGACAUCCGAACGGAUGGCCUCUGCCACUGCCGCAAAUGCAGCGCACAACCGACAACGCCUCUCCGCGCCAGCUCAGCUCGGACAUGGCUCUGGGUUUGGUGGUGGCCUGACUCCUAAAUCAAUCGCAGGCACGCGUCGUGCGAAAUCGAUUAUGGUCUCGCGGAAUCUGGGAACGAUGCGCAAAGCGAAAGAGGAGAAGUGGAAGGCGGCGCAGGCGGAGCCGAGCGAUGAUAUGAUACUGAGGAUAUUGAGGAUGAGGAGUGAGGCGAGUGGGUACUUGAGAGAUAGGAGUCGGCAGAAGGAGAGGCUGGCUGCCGCAGCGGCUGCGGAGGCGAUUGUGCGGAUGAGUUUGAUGAGUGAUGGGAGGGGAGGGAGGAUGACUGGGCCGAGUGUCAUUCGAAGGUAG